GUGGGUCCAGAAUGGGCUCGCGCUCUCUCUCGCUAGUGGAAAAUCACUUUGGCCUUGCGUUAAGCGGUUGCACGGUUGCAAAAUAUGGCGACUGCAGGAGACUCCAGGGGGGAACUGCAGAAGGAAUUAGUCUGCUCCAUUUGCCUCGAUUAUUUUGACGACCCCGUGAUUUUAAAAUGUGGCCACAAUUUUUGUCGCAUGUGCAUUUUGAUGCACUGGGAAGAAAAUGGAGGAGACGACGUGGGUUACCAAUGUCCGGAGUGCAGGAUGGUGUUCGCCAAAAUGGGUUUCACCAAGAACUACCUGGUGAAGAACUUGGUGGAUAAACUGAGAGACUUUGAUUAUCUGAAGACGUGUAGGCCCUCUGCGCCCCCAAAACCAGUGAAGAUGGACGGCAAAUGUGAGCGACACCACGAGGAACUCAAACUGUAUUGCCAUACGGACAGAAAGGCCAUCUGCGUGGUGUGCCGAGAGUCUAGAGCCCACAGACGCCAUGAUGUUGCUCCUGUUCCGGAGGUUGUUGAAGACAUGAAGAGUGAGCUAAAGUUAAGACUCAUUAAACUGAACUGGCAGAAGUCCAUGUGUUCAAGAGUAAAGAGCGCAGAUGAGCAAGCCAAAACCGAUGUCAAGCUCAAAAAGCAAGCCCUGAAAGAGAAGAUCGAGGAAGAUGUUGGUGCCCUGGUUCAGUUUUUGCUGGAUGAGAAGGAUGAUCUCUUGGAAAGACUGGAGACUGAAGCAAUAGUCACCGUCGAACUGCUAGACGAAAACUUGAAGCGUGUGGAAAACGAGGCAGCCAAGGUGGACAAGGCCAUUGCUGAAAUUCAGAACCAGCUUUGUGAUGACACUAACUUUGAGAAUAUCAGUAAUUCCUACUCAAGCCCCUGCCAUGUCAACCUUGAUGUUCAGGCCUCUUCCUGCCCUCCAGAUUUCUCAGAGUUCACAGGUCCUUUUCAGCUCAUCAUGUGGAAGAAGAUGAUGCACGUUUUACACACCAUGCCACAGAACCUAACUUUAGAUCUGGACACCGCUCACCCCUCGUUGGCCAUCACCGACUUCGACACCAAGGUGGAGGAGGGUCGUGUCCGCGUCCAGGAGCCCGACAUGCCGCAACGGUUCACGCGUUUCUUUGGGGUCCUCGCCACGGCUCAGUAUUCCAGCGGCCAGCACUACUGGGAAGUGGACGUACGGGACAAAGGUGUCUGGUAUCUGGGCGUCACCACGGAGUACAGCAACCGUAAGGGUUUUGUCAAUCUUUCACCCUCCGCAGGCUACUGGAGCCUGUGUCUUCAAGACCGGCUAUAUGCCAACGAAGAGGACUCGCGUGUGCCCGUGGCGGACUACUGGAACUCGCCUCGCGUCGGUGUCUUCCUGGAUUACGACAGAGGCCACGUUACUUUCUUCGACGCCGUCACCAUGAAGCGCAUCUAUAACUUUGUUACGUUCUUCGACGAACCCGUGUCGCCUUUCUUUAGCCCCGGGAAAAACGAUCCAGGCAGCCGACUGCAAAUAUGCCAUUUCUACUGAAAACCACAAGACGUGUGCCGCGUAUCUGUGGAUAUGAAGAAAUAAAAACUAAAGGCUACUGUUGUUGCUUUUAUGCUAUUAAGAAAAACUAAACGUUUUAGGGCACUUUCCUCCUGAUUGCUGAGAGGUUGUGUUCAAGUGCUGUGGGGUUCUUGGAUUCAGUUGAUCUGAAUUAAGAACUAGUUGUGUAACCGCUUUCAUACACCAUAAUCGAGUGUAUUUCUCUUGAAUUAUGAUGUAGCCCCGAUGACAUUCAGGUAGAGAGACUUUGCAGGUUUUUACGGAAAACCUGAGCUGCUUCGUGUUAGGGAUGGCUAACAAUUAAUCGCAAUUAAUCUAUAGCAGAAUAAAUGUUUUUGUUUACAUCAAAUAUGUGUGUGUGAACGGUGUACAAUAAUUAUGUAUAUAUAAAUAUGCAAACAUGCAUGUAUAAUUUUAAGAAGAAAAAAAUAUAGUUAUAUAUUAUAAUAUAAAUUAUACAUAAAUAUACAACUGUAUAUGCACAUGUAGACAUUUCUUAAUUAUAUAAAUGCAUGUGUGUGCAUUUAUCUAUACAAAGUUAUUAUACACAGUUCACGCACAUUUAUGAUGUAAACAAAAACUUUAAUUCUGCUGUAGAUUAAUCGCGAUUAAUCGUAAGCCAUCCCUUCGUGUAGUCUUGUCUCUGACCUCACUGUUAAUGAAGACCAAAUAAUUUGUCAGGUCGAAAACUGAAUCAGUGGUUAAAAUAAGCUAAAUUUAAUGCAACUUGUGUAUUUGGCAAAUAACUUUAAGAUUUUUGGUUACCACUGUGUAUCCCAUGAUAUGGAUUUUGUUAACAUAUUAAUUUACUUCAUGCCAUUUUAUUUGUAAAAAUAUACGUAUUUGUAACCUAUCAUGUUGUUUAAAGUUAUCAGAUCCGUUGUGUAAUGUUGUACAAACCUAUCUUAGCUACAGACUGCUAUGCAGUGGAGGACAUGUGAAGAGUUUCCAGCAAAUAAUGACAACGUUUUUGCUUUUGGGUGAAAUAUCCCUUUAAUAGAGACUUGUUUAUAUAAAUGAUUCCAAUUUACAUUACUUCAUUUUUUUUCCAUUUCAGGACUAGGCCUAGUUAUAUUAGGACAUUUAUAUAGUUUUUUU